UACAUAUACCCCUUUCUCCUCACCUCUAAACCAUACCAAAAAAUCAUGACUUCUCUCAAAGCAAUUUUCUUAGUAGUCCUGGCCAUUGCUUGUGCAUCAAGCAGCCUAGUACAAGCUCAGAACUGCGGUUGCGGUGCCGGCAUUUGCUGCAGCCAAUGGGGCUUCUGCGGCACCACAAUCGAGUACUGUGGUGAAGGGUGCCGAGAAGGUCCUUGCGAUACUCCAGUUCCAAGUACGCCUAACGAUGUCUCCGUUCCAGAAGUUGUGACUGACGCUUUCUUUAACGGGAUAAUUGAUCAAUCUGACGCUAGUUGUGCUGGUAGGAAUUUUUAUAGCAGGUCUGCUUUCUUGGAUGCUCUUAAUCACUAUCCACAGUUUGGGACGGUUGGAUCCACUGAUGAUUCUAGGCGUGAAAUUGCGGCUUUCUUUGCUCAUGUUACUCAUGAAACUGGACAUUUUUGCUACAUAGAGGAAAUAAAUGGAGCCUCAGGCGAUUAUUGUGACGAGACCAACACAGAUUGGCCAUGCAAUCCAGACAGGCAAUACUAUGGUAGGGGACCGAUUCAGCUGUCAUGGAACUUCAACUAUGGACCAGCCGGCCAAAGCAUUGGCUUCGACGGAUUGAACGCGCCGGAAACAGUUGCCAACGAUCCCGUUAUCGCCUUCAGAACAGCCUUAUGGUAUUGGAUGAACAAUGUCCACUCUCGCAUUAUCUCCGGCCAAGGGUUUGGGUCGACCAUUCGAGCUAUCAAUGGACAAUUAGAAUGUGAUGGUGGUAAUCCAGCUACUGUUAAUGCACGUAUUGGUUACUAUACUCAGUAUUGUAAUCAACUUGGUGUAUCUCCUGGUGAUAACCUUACUUGCUAGUGCUAAUUAAUUAGUUAUACUGAUGUAUUUCAAUAAUUUUAUUUGUUGAUCAUAUUCAUGGUGCAUGUUGUUACAUAGCUACAUGUUGCAAUUACCAACUUUUUACUCGAAAUAUAUGUAUACUCUCAAGUCUCACGUACCUUAAUAAGUGAAAUAUUUGCUUUUUUAA